AUGAAGAAUAGGAGGUUGAAUCGUGCUGGAGUUGGGGGACCAGUGAGAUCGGGUUCUCAGAAUUACCAAGGAAAAGGGAGAUUUCAGAACAAGAAACCAUAUCAACGUCCUGCUGGGCGAGGGUAUAUCUCAGGAUCUUACAGACCUAUGACUGGUACUGCUGGAGGUUCUGGAGAUCAGGCUACGAACAGGAAUGUAAAUUGUUUCAAGUGCGGAAAGCUGGGGCACUAUGCUAAUGCGUGCACAGACACGAGGCCUAAGUGCUUUAACUGUGACAAGUUUGGGCACACUGCCAGUCAGUGUAGGGCACCCAAGACUGAACCACUGAAACUGCCUGUUACUGCUUUGAGCUUUGAUCUUAUUGUCACUACACCUGCUAAAACCCUACUUGCUAAUGCUGCAUGCAUGUACUGUCCGGUGACAUAUAGAGAUAGAGUCUUUCAUGCUAAUCUGGGAUCUCAAGAGUACUCUUCAUUGCUGAACCUAGAGGGUAAAGGGAAUCCGAAUGUGGAUGGUAUUCCAACUGUCAGAGACUUCACCGACGUAUUUCCUGAUGAUGUACCUGGAUUGCCGCCUGUCCGCGACAUCGAGUUUGCUAUUGACAUUGUACCAGGAACAGGGCCAAUUUCGAUUGCACCAUAUCGUAUGGCACCUGCAGAGUUGCUUUCAAGAGAGGCACCACCAUGGGUGGCUGCAUGA